AUGUCUUAAGAUCAAUGUUAUGAUUAGGGAUUAUCAGGUUAAUCUUCACAAUCACCUUCUAAUUAAUAGGUUUAGAAAAGCAUGAAUUAAUUUUCUAUUGAUUUUUUUAUAGAAAAGCGAUUUAUCACUUAAGAGGAUUUGAAACCAAUUCUAGAGGAUGUUAGGGUAAUUGAUUCAAUAAUAAUAUCAUAGUGUUUAUAUAGUGUUCAUUCAAUUAAAUUGAAUCCUUAGAAUCAAAUUCCAGCUUUAGAAGGUACUGCAUUUUCUAUUAUUGAUCAUGAUGAAAAUAAAUUAAAAGCAAGAUGUGAUGCAGUUUAUAAAAUACUUUAAUUAAUAGAAUAAAGAAAUAAAUAAACAUUAGAAGUAAUUAUGUUGAUUCCUGAAGGUAAAAUCAAUAAUUAGCUUAGGGACUGUCUCAUAUGUGAUUGGAACCUAGGGAAAAUAAAUAGAGCAUAUUAAAUUAGAAACUAAGGUUCAUCUUGUAGUUAAUUAACCAAUCUAUGAAUUUUAAUUAAGAACAGUAACAAUUAUUGGUAAAUAUUAAUUAAAUAUUAUAAGGUGAGUCUAGUAGCAUUUUUAAUGCAGUUAAUUUAAUAAUAAAGUAAUUGUAGGAAAGAGGAAUUUCAAUUGAAGAUUAUGCUAAAAAAGCUGAACCUUUAGAUCCAAGAAGAGUUAUAACAAAAGUAUUUAUAAUUAAUAUUAGAGGCCAAAUUUGCAUUUUAGAGUGUGAUAAUAGAAUAUAUAUUAAAAAAUAAAGAUUUAGAGAAAAAAUAUUUAGUAAGAUUGAAGGGAAAGGGAAUUAAUGAAAUAAAAAUUAAAGUACAAAUUAAAAGAUUAUUAGAAAAACAAAUUAAAAAAGGAUGAAGCAAUUUUAUAAAUUGAUGGAACAUUAUUUAAUGUUUAAGAGGCAAUUUAAAAUAUAAUAAAGAAAGUGACUCAAUAAUUCAAGAAGAUUGAAUUUGAUAUAAGAAUUAUAAUGCCAGCUAAUUUUGCAUCUAAAUUAAUUGGGGCUAGUAAAUAAUUUAUUUAUUAUAUAUAAUAGAAGGAUGUUAAAUUAAAGAAUUAGCCAAUAAAGCUAGAGGUGCUUAAAUAAAAGUACUUUCAGAUAGGGAUGACACAGAUAUUGGUUAAGGUUGAAAUUCUAUAGAAUUUUAGAUUGUUUGGUAUAAGUAACAGGAUCGAUGGAAAAUAAAUAGGAAGCAACAAUAUUGAUUUUGGAAUAGAUUGAAUGUUUCAAAAAUGGAGGCCCUGUAUAUAAAUAAUUAAUAAGAUCCUUGAAAGCGGAAGGUACAUAAAUGAAAACUUUGCAUAAUAAUACAAAAACUCAGUGCAGGUCUAAGACAUGAAGCAAAAGAGGUUUUUGUGGAAGAAUUAAUUAGGUAGACAAUAAUCAUCUUCUUCGCGUUCAGAUAGAAGACAGAGAUCCAGGUCAUCAAAUAAAAAAUAAAAAUAUAUGAGAAGAUCUAGAUCAUCUAGGUAAAUAUAAAUAAUAAGUUAGUUCUAUUAAAUCUAAUAAGCGUAGAUUGAAAUAAUAAGUGCUCAAGACCAAAAUUAUUGUUAAAUAAUCACUAAUAGAAUUAAUUAAUAAAUAAGUAGUUCGAUGUUGUUAGGACUUAGAUGUUAGAAUCAAGACUUUUCCUUCUGUAUUUUACAUAAUAGAUAAAUAGGAUAUAGUAUAGGAGGUUAUUGUUAAAUUAAGUGGAGAUGUUAGAAGUUGUAUAACAGUUAUCUAAUAUAUAUUAAAUGAGUAAUGUAAAUUAUCCAAGAGAUGA